UAUUUUUCUCAACACUUGCUUAUCAAGAAGAACAUCAAGUGAAGCCUCCCAGAAAUGUCAGAAGAAGUGAAGGUAUUUGGCACUUGGUCUAGCCCUUAUAGUCGCAGGGUAGAAAUAGCCCUGAAACUAAAAGGGAUACAGUACGAGUACAUAGAAGAAGACCUUUCCAACAAGAGUGAUUUGCUGCUCAAGUAUAACCCAGUUCAUGAGAAGAUUCCUGUUCUUGUUCACAAUGGAAAACCAGUUGCAGAAUCACUUGUCAUUCUUGAAUACAUCGACGAAACCUGGCAAGAUAAUCCCAUCUUGCCUAAAGACCCUUACAGCAGAGCCAUGGCUCGUUUCUGGACUAAUUUUGUUGAUGAAAAGAUACUGCAAACUGCUAAAAAGACUAGAACAGCUAAGGCUGAGGAGCUGGAGCAACUGCAUCAAGAAAUUUAUCAGGAUAUGAAAUUGCUAGAGAGUGAGCUAGAAGGAAAGGAAUUCUUUGGAGGUGAAAAAAUUGGACAAGUGGACAUUGUAGCAUUUGUCAUUUUAUAUUGGUUUCAUGUAAUGAGUCAAGGUGUACUGCAAACGGAAUUCAUUUCUGAAGAAAAAUUCCCUGUCUUACACAAAUGGAUGGCGAAGCUCUGUGAGAUAGAUGCGAUCAAGGAAUGUCUGCCGCCGAGAGACAAGCACGUUGCUUAUAUGAAAGCUCGUUUUGUAUCUAUGAAAUCUGCUUCCAAAUGAAAAAUUCUGUUUUCUUGUACAAUUCUGAGUCAAGCUACCGUUUCCUUCAUUUGGCCGUGUGCUUCUUUCUUUCUUUCUUUUUCGCAAAGCCAUAUUGAAUGAUAAUAAAUAAAAGGUUGGCUUGUCAAAUUGAUGUUCA